AUUAACACCGACGUUCAUCCCCUCUCUCUCUCUCUCUAUCUCUCUCUCUCUCCUGCUACUACUGCUAUCCAACGACGACGCUCCAUCGGCUGUCAAAACCAAGAAAACCAAGAAAAUAAAAUUUACUACCAAACAAAUCAACAUAAAAGAUUCCUUCUUCUCCUUACUUUCCCCUUUUCCUCCAACCCUAAAUUUCCUUAGCAUCACCCACCAUGCUUUUAACUUAAUUUACUAAUUUGUACCUACAAGUUUCUAUUUUUCAGGAUUCCGAUGGGCUGCGCCAGUUCCAAGCUCGAUGAUACUCCGGCAGUUGCUUUGUGCCGUGAGCGCUGUGCUUUCCUCGACGAAGCCGUGCGACACCGUUUUGCCUUUGCUGAAGCCCAUAUGGCUUAUCUUCACUCUCUCAAGGCCGUUGGCCUUUCUUUAGACCGCUUUUUCAAUCAAGAUCUCGACGCCCCCAACUCCCCUCUUCUCAACCUUCCCCCUCACCGGAAAGGGGACCCCGACCCCUCCGCUUCUCCGCCGGAGAAUAUUCAACACCAUCUCCACUCGCAUUCCGACUCCGAUUCGCAUCUCAACUUCCACUCCGACGAUGAUGAUGCCUCUGGUUCUGAGUCGCUGCACCAUCACGAUAUCAGCCCUCCGGCCCACCACCACCAGCAGCCCCCGUACGGCGGAGGCUAUUUCUCCGAUUAUCAGAAUCUCAAUAUAAAUAUUCCUCGAGCCGGCGGCGGAGGUUUUAUGAAUAUGAAUUAUAUGAAAAAUCAAGCGAUGCCUUCUGUGGUGUAUACACAACGGCCCAUGAGUCCAGAAACUAUGCAUAUGGGUGAAUCUUCCUCUUCCUCCUACUACCCUUAUCCUAAUUACUCCAACGGCAAUAAUCAGAACCAAAACCCUUCUUACUCUAUGUAUAAUAACAGUAAUAAUUUUAAUGCUUAUCCUAAUUAUCCAAGUUACGGUGGUGGAGGUGGUUUUUUUGGUGGUUCUUCCCCACCCGCACCAUAUGGUGGCGGGUAUUCAUCUCUGCCGGCGGGGGCUUCAACUUCCAAAGCACCCCCACCUCCACCCUCACCGCCCAGCUCCUCCACAUGGGAUUUUCUGAACCCCUUUGAGAGCUUUGAGAAAUAUUAUCCGCCUUAUACUCCAAGCCGAGACUCGAGGGAGGUGAGAGAGGAAGAGGGUAUUCCAGAUUUGGAGGAUGAGGAAGAUGAGGUUGUGAAGGAAGUCCACGGUGAUCAGAAGUUUAUGGACAGUGGAAGAAGCAGUUACUCGAAGCAGGGAGUAUCGGAAAGUGAUGCUCGAGUGGCGAACGAUGCUGAGUUACAGUAUAGAGCAAGGCCGAGUGUAGGGAUUGAGAAUGAUCCGGUUGAGUAUGAGGUUCAUGUGGUGGAUAAAAAGGUCAUUGAUCCUGAGGAGAGGUCGAAAGAUCGGGGCAAUGGAGCUGGAUUUAAGGCCCGUGGUGGAUUGAAGGCUGAUUCAGAUGUUGUGAGAGAGAUUCAAGUUCUAUUUGAGCGCGCUUCGGAAUCUGGAAGUGAGCUUGCCAAGUUUCUUGAGGUUGGGAAGCUUCCGUAUAAGCGAAAGCAUGUUGGCAAUCAUGUUUCUUCGAAGCUAUUGAAUCUACCAGUGCUGUCCUCACAACCUUCAACAUCAAAAAGCUCUGAUAGCGCGGAUCCUGCCUUGUUAGAAAUCAAUCAAGAGGUGGAUUUGAGAUCCAAAAAUCUUUCAUCUACUUUACAUAAGCUGUACCUAUGGGAGAAAAAACUGUAUGAAGAAGUCAAGGUUGAAGAAAAAAUGAGAGUCAUUCACGAGCGGAAGUCUAAAAAAUUGAAGCGAUUGGAUGAAAGGGGUGCUGAGGCUACCAAGAUUGAUGCAACCAGAACUUUGGUGAGAAGUCUCUCCACAAAAAUUAGAAUUGCAAUUCAGGUAGUUGAUAAGAUCUCUGUGAAGAUAAAUAUCUUGAGAGAUGAAGAGUUGUGGCCACAGCUAAACGAAUUCAUUCAAGGGCUGACUAGAAUGUGGAAGUCGAUGCUCGAGUGCCACCAAAAUCAGUGUCAAGCAAUAGCAGAAGCCAAGCGAUUAGACGCCAUAGCAUUAAGAAAGCACUUUAGUGAUGCUCAUUUCGAAGCCACACGACAGCUCGAACAUGAUAUCAUUGACUGGACUUUUAGGUUCUCCCAUUGGGUAGGUGCACAAAAGGGUUAUGUCGGAGCAUUGAAUAACUGGCUUAUGAAAUGUCUGCUGUACGUACCGGAAGAAACAGCUGACGGGAUAGUCCCAUUCUCCCCUAGUAGAAUCGGGGCACCCUCAGUAUUUGUUAUUUGUAAUCAGUGGUGGCAGUCUAUGGAUAGAAUAUCCGAAAAGGAAGUGGUUGAUUCGAUGAGAGAAUUGGCAUCGAAUGUGCUCCAGCUGUGGGACCGUGACAAGGCAGAGAUGCGUCAGAGGAUGCUGGCGAAUAAGGAUGAGAGGAAAAUAAAGAGUUUGGAGAAAGAGGAUCAGAAGAUACACAAGGAGAUUCAGGCAUUGGAGAAAAGGGUGAUGGUGAGAUCUGCAGAAGAGAAUGGGAUGCCGUUGACAGGACAUGUGGUGUAUCAGAGUGAGACAUCUAAAGGUGGGAGUUUACAGGCAAGUUUACAGCAUGUACUUGAGGCGAUGGAGAGGUUUACUGGUAAUUCGCUCAAAGUGUAUGAGGAGCUGUUGCAGCGCAUUGAAGAAGACCGUCUUUCCCGCCUAGAGCAAGAAGAAGAAAUUUCUUAGGAAUAUAUAUAUAUAUAUAUAUCUGUAUCAAAUACGAGUGAGUCCUGAUAUAUAAAAAAGAGAUAACGGAAGUCAAUUUUUGGACCAAUCGAAUGGGGGAUGGGAGAUGUUUGGGCAUUCUCUAAUUUGCCAUGAAUGAAGCAGGGGAAGGAACCAACAAUCUCAUGGAAUUAUGAAAGUAGAUGAGGUUUGCUGAAAACAUGAGAAAACAUAUGCUGGGAAUCUAAUGUCUCGCUCUCAAGUCGUCGUCGUCGUCAUCAUCAUCAUCAUCAUCUAUUGAUGAAUUCAUGAAGGAAUGAAUGAAUGAAGAAGAUUGAAGUGUGGUUGUGUAAUAGAGCAUGAUUGUGAAAAUAUGAGCAUUUAAGUGCAGUAGUUAGUCGUGUUAUUCGUGCAUUGUACAUCUCCAGGGCAGGGCAGUCUGUCUUCCUCUACUACACAAAAUGAAGAUGUAUAAAAAGUAGAAACUCACUCCACUCCAUAGAUUGAUUGAUUGAUGAUGAUACUUGUUUCUCUCUGUACAUAAAUAAAUUCUUUAGAGCUAUGAAUGAAUCUAUUUAUUCAGACAAACAAUUUGUAGCUUAGCUUGAACAAGUUGUUGGAAUUAAUGGAUUCUCUUUCUUUUGUCAAAUAAUAUUUUGAUACUAUUCCUCU